UUUACGAAACGAGGCUUGUCCGGGAUGACGUCACGAAGUCGAGGAGCUCGCUGAGGUGAUACACUUUUUUUCGGUAAACAGUUGAAUAGUGUCGUGUGUAUACGUUGAGGACAGUGUUUACAGUUUACAUAGAAAAAAGACUGGGCAUCUUUAUAGUAAUUUAUUAUUUUGGAAAUGUUUUGCUCACUACAUUCGUUGUUUAGUAACAUUAGGCGAAUGAUCUAAAUCGGAUACAUAUUUGUUUACAUAAAUCGGAUACAAAUCUGUUUGCACUGCACUUUUUCUAGUACCACCAACUGUAGUUACACGACAAACAGUAAAAAUAAACUUAUCCGUGAAACAUCACCUAUGUGAGAGGAUUAAACCGUGUAACAACCGACCUGGAAAUUACUAUCUGUGUAGCAUUAGAUAGAAGAAACACCUCCUUUAUGUGAAAGGAUAUUUUCUGUGAAAUAAUCCACCUGUGAAGAUCGCACCUGUCGUGUUUGAGAAAUCGAGUACAAUGGUGUUCCUGUGUCCUACUGUGUUAGACAUUGUGGCCCUAGCGGUAACUGUUGUCUCUGUAGCACUGCAGUAUUUAUCUUUCUUCUAUCCGGAAUGGUGGUCCUACAAACAUGUCAGUAGCGCCCUCGUCGAAAGGACAAAGACCGUUGGCAUGUACCAGACCGUAGAAUGCUUACCAAAAUGUGAAACAAAAUUGCUGGUAAACAUCGAAGGGGACUACGAAUGGCUGUUCAUCUCAAGGAUAUUUGAAGUGUUCGCCUGCUUUUUGUGUAUCUUGGCACUGUUUAUGCACGUGUUGUAUCUGCCCAUAAGAAAGGAAGGAGUCCGAUCUGUGGCCAUCUAUCUACUUGGAGCGGCAGGCUUGUUUGCCCUGGGAGGGUCUUUUGUGUUUGCGGCUUUGUACGACUCUCUCGGCGACGGCCUGGCAGCCGGAACACAUUCGGCUAGCUUCCCGUUUGGAAUAAACAUUCUCGCGGGAUUUCUGCACAUACUGGCAUCAGCCUUGACAGCCGUUGCCACGGUGAAGGCUGCAGGACACGGCGGGGACAGCGAUAUGGCUUCUAUUGUCUGACCGGAAGCGGAAGUGCGUCUCACUCAGAAAAAAUGACAUAUACAAUAUAUAUCUGACUAACAUUCAAAACAGGCAAAAAAUGCUUUAAUACUUUCGAGAACGUGAGUUUGCUUUCAGUUCAUGUGCAAUCAUUAUGUUCAGUGUAAAUAUGUUUUGGAGAUAUGUAUUUAUGUUUACAAAACAAAACAAACCACAAAAAAAGCAAAAAUCGAGAAACAAAAUUUAUAAAAAAACGAAAAAAAUAAUUAUUUCAACCAACUGUUAGGACAUAUAUCUUGAGUUUUAUAAAUUUGUGGAAAAUAUAGAAACAAGAGAAAAGUAAUUAACAAGGAGGUUUUUAUUAGAGACUUCCCCGCUAUUAAGCGAUAACUUUAACUUUCUUUUAAAGCAAGGAACACUUGUUAAGAGUGUUUAAUUUAGGUAUUUUGUAAAAAAUGUAUUUCGAAAAAUGUCCUUGUAUUGAAAUGUGGUAAAUACAGAGAAACGGAAAAAAAACCCCAUAUAUUCUGAACUCCAUAAUUUUCCUCGGUGAAAAUCCCAUUUAACUUUCGCAUCGUAUCAUCACUUACCUGUCAUCUUGAUUUGUUAUUACGUCAUUGGCUCGAGUCCUGUUUUCAUAAUUCCGGGUUGGAUCAUUUUUUGUGUGUAGAUUAUAAAAUGUAUAUAUACCGUUAAUUGCAUCUGAUGUAAACAAUUACAUGUGUGUGGUGUAGUGUGCUGUGAUGUACAACAUAAACUAACAAAAAGGUGAAAAUAUCAGUUGUUAAGUUUACAUCCUUGUAACACGUGACUUGUAAAAUUAUUUUUGUCAUACUGCUGCCUAAAAAUAAACUAUGAUACAAUCCAA